AACUUUAUCAAACAUACUUAGCCGCGGUUUAUAAAGGAAUAUAAACUUCCUUAUUUCAUAUUGAUAACGAUUUAACAAAGCCAAAAUGUUAAAAGGCAUACGGGCGUAAUGAAAUGUAGAAGUAUCGUGUCAACCUAUGUUCCUAUUCUUGUCAGCUGUUUGUAUUUUACGUUCUCUAAUGAAAGCUGCACCAGAUAUGAAGGUGGAUGUUGUCCUGGUUAUGAAUUGAAUAGCGACUUAGGAAACUGUAGAGAGUGUAACAUUGGAUAUUCGGGAUUUAACUGUAGCAAACAGUGUGUAUAUCCAAGUUAUGGAUGGAAAUGCGCACUAGAAUGCAAUUGUUCAAAAGAAAAUUGCAACUUUUCCACGGGUUGUGAAAAUAAAACGACAUGGGAACAAGACAUCCAUACAUCUGCCGGCGCAGUGGGUCCUCGUUUUAUUGUGAUGAUCAUUUGCUUCUCUGUGUCUGCUAUCCUCCUUCUUCUGGUGUUCAAAAGUUUAAAAUGUUGGAAGUACAUCAAAUGUCGAUCAACGGUUAAAGAGGAUGUUACCGAGGAAAACCAUUAUCAGACAAUAUCAGACCACGAUCUAUUUAAGAAAUUAAGCAUAUAAGCUAUAAUUUAUUAUUUAUUUACAGGAUCCAUUUAUAACCUAAAAUUUGUAUGCAUCAUUUUAUCUGCAAAGUUUAAACAAUGAUAUCUCAAUUCUAUGAUGUUGGCAAGUUUGAUUUUUUUUUUUCGAAACCUUUGUUUUGAACAUUGUGUUUGUCAAUACAAUUUUCGUUAAAUUUCCUUCCGUUUUGUCCAAAUUAAAGAGAUGCCAGACAAACGGACAUCAAUAUAAUUAUGAAGGUUUGUUUAUGUUGUGGCAAUGUGUUGCUCAGUCAUCAAUAGACUAGUAUUUCGGAGUUCGGAAAUUCCAUGAAAAACUCCAAAAGUAUUCGAAUUUGUCAUUAUUUUCUGUAAACUUCAAAUUAUAUAUACUAGUAAGUAAUUUUUGCGAACCUCAUUAUUAAAUUCAAUAAAACCCUUCAACACUACAAACUCAUACAACCAAUGUUUGUAAGGAGGUGUCUAUCACCCGGUCGGCACCGAAAGCAAGUACAUGUCUAUAUUAGACACAUAAAGACACAUAUAUUAUAAAACAUAUGGCAAUAAUUUUCAAUUAAACAAACAGCUGCAGAUUGUAAAAAAAUGUGAUAUAAAAUUCACGAAUAAAUUACAAUAUUUGAGCACUACUUCACUACGGGCUUUAGGAUGCAGCAGGCUCCGCACCCCCAGAAACGAUCCUUCAAUAAUGUGAAUGUUCUUUGUUUGCGCGUGUUAUGUGUAUCACCAUAUGUGCCUGGGCACACAUUUGUGCUUUCCAUGAAUUCAAAGUGCUGAAAAAAUAUACACCAAUCUGAUUUAGUAUAUAUAUAUUUAUGUAAAUAAAAUAUAGAAAUCAGUUUUAAUACUUGUCUACAUGUACAUGUAUAUCAAUUUAGAUAAGCCUGUCUGCUGUUUUAAAAUAAAUACAAUGUAAUGAUAAAAAUAGUAAAUUUAUUUAACCUAUAUUUAAUUCCAACCUUGUUCUCAGAUCAUGUUAAUCUAAGUUAAGCAUCAAACUAUUUUGUACUAUCCUGUUAAAAAAACGCCCUCCCUGAA